CAGCAGACGGCGCAGAGUUGACUUUACUCUGGCGCGACGGGCUCCGUUGAAGGACCCCACGAGCCGGGGGAAGCUCUAGGGGUAACCAGGAAGGGCUCUUGGCGCCGUUGGCGCUGCGGUCUUCGUGAGUCCCCCUACCUGAGACCGUACCCCCUUCGCCCGGCUCCCGGUGCUCGCCGGCCGCCGGCCCGCUCCCGGAAGCGGUGGCAGCUGGUAACAAAGAGCUGCCAGGCCGCUGCUGCCCGGGCUACGGGACCCAGGAGUCCGGCGGAGCUGCUGGGAGUGAGCGCGAGGCGGGCCAUGAGGCCCGGUUCGCGGCGGUGAGGGGCGGCCGGCGGCGGCCGAGGUGCAAGUGCGGGCCGAGAAGCCGGUGCUUCCCUCCUCGCCGCCCGCGGGAUUCGGGGCGCGGGUGCCUCUGCUCUCCGGGCCGCUCCACUCGGGAAGGCGGCUUCCGGACUUUCCCCCGGCGGCGCAUGCCUUUGAGCUGCGGGAACCGACGCUCUGCCUCCGGCUACCGAACCUCGGGUUUCUCUUCCCCGAGGGGCUCCUGAAGCUUUGUGUAAAGAAGCUGGGGAAGCCUGACGGGUUUUGUUUUUAAUAAAAAGUUUUUAUAAGUCUUCACUUUUAGAAAUUUUUGCAGAGUUUGAAGUACUCUACCUCUUCGCAUCCUUUAUUCUGCUCCUUGAGUCUUUUUUCUUCUCAGCUGUAAACGUUUUUACUAUCGGAGCGGACCAGGGAUGAACGUUUUGUAAUUGAAACUAACUCCUCUCGUUGAGAUAGUAGUCAAGAUGGAUAAAAAGUCCUUUGAAACGGUGCUGGAUGAAAUUAGAAAGGCUGUUUUGACAGAGUACAAAUUAAAAGCAAUUGAAUAUGUGCACGGAUAUUUCUCCAGUGAACAGGUGGUUGAUUUACUGAGAUAUUUCUCCUGGGCUGAGCCUCAGUUGAAGGCAAUGAAAGCAUUACAGCAUAAAAUGGUGGCUGUUCACCCAGCAGAAGUGGUCAAUAUACUCAACUGUUUCACCUUCAGUAAAGACAAGCUAGUUGCUCUUGAACUGCUAGCUUCAAACAUUGUUGAUGCACAGAAUUCUCGUCCCAUUGAAGAUCUGUUCAGGAUAAAUAUGUCUGAGAAGAAACGGUGCAAGAGAGUGCUUGAACAGGCUUUCAAGGCGGGCUGCAAAGCUCCCCAUGCUAUGAUAUCUUCUUGUGGAACAAUCCCAGGAAAUCCAUAUCCCAAAGGAAAACCUAGUCGCAUAAAUGGAAUUUUCCCAGGAACCCCUUUGAAGAAAGAUGGUGAAGAGUGUACCAACGAAGGCAAAGGAAUAGCUGCACGGAUUCUUGGACCGUCCAAACCACCUCCUUCAACAUACAAUCCACAUAAACCCGUUCCUUAUCCGAUACCUCCAUGCCGGCCGCAUGCAACUAUUGCACCAAGUGCUUAUAACAAUGCAGGUCUGGUACCAUUAGCCAAUGUCAUAGCUCCAGGUGUGCCCCCGCCACCUCCAUAUACUCCUAAUCCAGUAGCAGCAGAGAAUGAAGACCUUUCCAAUCAGUCAAAACCUACACAGAAUCCAGCGUUUUCUGCCCCAGCAAGUCAGCUCUUUUCUCCUCGUGGCUCUAACCCUUCAACACCUGCGGCAACUCCUGUUCCUGCUGCUUCCCCGGUCAAGGCAGUAAAUCAUCCAUCGGCAUCGGCCACUGCCGCCCUCCCUGGGAUGAACCUGCUGAACACUGUCCUUCCUGUGCUCCCGGGGCAGGUCUCAGCUGUUCAUGCACCUCAGCCGACGACACCCAAUCCAACAGUUAUCAGAACCCUUUCCUUGCUGGCUGCACCGGUGACUUCUGUUCACAGCACCACAUCUGCUCCCGUUCCUUCUGUUUUUUCUGGCCACGUUCCACUGCCAGGUCCUUCUGCCACCCCUACCCCAGCACCUCAGGCCGCAUCUACACCUCGGGCCACCCCUGUUUCCAGUGAAACAUUUGCUUCUACUUCUGCCCCUUUCACUAGCCUCCCCUUUGCCGCCACCUCUACUGCCGCUUCUACCAACAACCUCGAUUCCUCCUCACUGGCAUCGGUUUUUGCUGGUCUCCCCUUGACCUUAACACCGACCUCCCAAGGUGUGUCCAACCCGACUCCUUCUGUAAUCGCCUGCGGUUCUGCUCCCACUGUUGCCUGUCCACUGGGUGUAAAUAAUCCCCUUCUGUCUGCUUUAAAAGGCUUUCUGACAUCAAAUGAUACCAACCUCAUCAACUCUUCCACGUUACCCUGCGCCGUUACUAGUGGGCUGGCUUCCCUCGCCUCCCUCACUAACCAGAGCUCCGACUCUGCGGCGGCCGCCCUUAACAAGGGCUACGGCCCGCAGCGGGCCUCCACGCCGGGACUGGCCCUGUUUCCGGGCCUGCCCUCGCCGGCGGCCAACGUGGCUUCCACGCCCCCGGCUCUGCCUGCGCCCGCCGCCGCUGCCUCCUCGGGGCCCGUCGGCUGCGGCUCCUCGGCCACCCUGCUGCACGGCCCGCUCGCGAGUCACGCAGACGCGCACGGUUCGUCGACGCCCGCCGCCACCAGCCUGCCCGUGGUGAUCAAGACCGAGCCCGCGAGCCCUACUCCUUCUGCCUUCAGGGGCCCGGCGCCCCCGCCGCCCCCCACCCCCGCUCCGGGCACGCUGGGCCUGCCAGGGGCGCUGGGGCGGGCGUACACGGCGGCCUCGGUGCCCGUCAGUUUACCGUCCUGCCUCGCCCCUGCGCUGCCGGGCCUCCCGGGCCUGAGCGUGACCCCGAGCGGCUCGAGCCCCCUGCCUUCUCUCCCACUGCCUGCGCACGGCUCCUCCGCGCCCAUCGCCCCCGUCUUCAGCGCCUUGCCCCCUUUCACUUCGCUGAGCAGCGGCUUCGCCCAGGCUGCGCACCCGCCCCUCGGCGCCCCCGCCUCGUCCGCCCCCAACUGCGCCCCCGGCCCCUCGGUGCCCGCCUCGGCGGCGGCCUUCCCACUCAGCGUGCCCGCCGCCGUGCCCUCGCUCUUCUCCGUGACGCAGGGACCUCUGCCGGCCUCGGCUCCCUCCUAUCCCGGCUUCUCCGUCUCUGGCGCGCCCCCCGCGCUGCCCUCUUUCCCGGGGCUGCAGCCGCCCGCCACCGGCGCCGCCACCGCCCCGUCGCCCGCUCCCGUCCUCCCCGGGUUCGCCUCCGCCUUUAGUUCCAGUUUCAACUCCGCUCUGGUUGCGCAAGCCGGCUUAUCAUCUGGACUUCAAGCUGCAGGCAGUUCUGUUUUUCCAGGCCUCUUGUCCCUCCCCGGUAUCCCCGGGUUUUCCCAGAAUCCUUCACAAUCAUCCUUGCAGGAAUUACAGCAUAAUGCAGCCGCACAGUCAGCAUUGUUACAGCAGGUCCACUCAGCUUCAGCUCUGGAAAGCUACCCAGCUCAGCCGGAUGGGUUUCCUAGUUAUCCUUCAACACCAGGAACACCGUUUUCUUUGCAACCAGGCCUGUCCCAGAGUGGGUGGCAGUGAAUACAUUUAAAUGCAUAUUCUCCUCCAGGGCAACAUCAGAAUCGCCUGAGGACUGCAGUGAACAAUUGGACAAAUGCGCAGUUGGCCAAAAGUCAGGAAAUGAGGAUGAGGAUAAUCCUGGGGAAAUUGGGAUAAGAGCUUAAAAAACGUGGUUACAUUUUUUAAAAAUGGUUUUAAGUAUGGACAUUCCCCUAUGUAAAUAUGCUGACAAUAAAUUGUAUGGAGAAUAGUA